AUGAGAGCUAAAAGUCCUUCCCUUCUCUGCCUCUUAUCUCUGGCCACCCUAUUGGUUGGUGGCACUGAAAGUGCAACGCCAAGUGUGCAGCCAAGUCACAUUACCACACCAUUCAAUAGGAGCCUUUUUCCUUCCGAUUUUGUAUUUGGAAUAGGUUCUUCUGCUUACCAGGCAGAAGGAGCAGCACAUAUAGAUGGCAAGGGACCAAGUAUAUGGGACACCUUCACUAAACAGCAUCCGGAAAAGAUUUGGGACCAUAGCACCGGUGAUGUAGCAGUUGAUUUUUAUCAUCGUUAUAAGAGUGACAUAAAGGUGGUGAAAGAGAUGGGGCUAGACUCAUUCAGAUUCUCCAUCUCAUGGUCCAGAAUAUUCCCAAAGGGCAAAGGAGCGGUCAAUGCCUUGGGGGUUAAAUUCUACAACAAUCUCAUUGAUGAGAUCCUAUCAAAUGGCUUAACUCCUUAUGUGACUCUCUUCCAUUGGGACCUCCCUCAAGCUCUUGAAGAUGAAUAUAUGGGAUUUCUUAGUCCUAAAGUAGUGACGGAUCUUCAAUACUAUGCUGACUUUUGCUUCAAGACCUUUGGCGACCGGGUCAAGCAUUGGGUAACUUUGAAUGAACCCUUAUCCUAUAGCCUCAAUGGGUACCAUGGUGGCACCUUUGCACCAGGUAGAUGUUCUAAAUACGUUGGAAAUUGCACUGCCGGUGACUCAUCCACCGAGCCUUACAUCGUUGGGCACCACUUAUUACUUGCUCACGCGGCGGCUGCAAGAUUGUACAAGAAAAUAUAUCAGGCUCAUCAAAAAGGACAAAUUGGAAUCACCAUAGUGACUCACUACUUUGAACCAAAAUCAAAUAAACCUGCUGAUCGCAAAGCUGCUGGUCGAGCUCUGGAAUUUUUAUUCGGAUGGUUUGCUCAUCCGAUUACCUAUGGUGAGUAUCCUCAGAGUAUGAGAUCUUCGGUGGGUGAUAGACUCCCCAAAUUCACAAAAGCUCAAUCCGAUAGUCUCAAAGGUUCCUAUGAUUUUCUUGGGGUGAAUUAUUACACCACAUAUUAUGCACAAAAUGCUCCACCGAUAAACACCAACAGGACCUUCUACACAGAUAUGCUAGCCACGCUCACAACGGCGAAGAAUGGUGUAGCUAUUGGCACGCCGACUGCUUUGAACUGGCUUUUUAUCUACCCAAAGGGAAUUCAUCAGCUUAUGACAUACGUAAAGAAUACCUACAAGAAUCCAGCAAUAUACAUUACUGAAAAUGGAGUUGCUCAAGCAAGGAAUGAUUCAAUACCAAUAAACGAAGCCCGCAAGGACGGAAUCAGGAUUAGAUACCAUGAUAGCCAUCUCAAAUCCCUUCUUCAAGCGAUCAAAGAUGGUGUUAACGUGAAGGGGUACUAUGCAUGGUCAUUUUCUGACAGCUUUGAAUGGGAUGCUGGUUACACAGUUCGAUUUGGCCUCAUAUACGUUGAUUACAAGGAUAAUUUGAAAAGAUAUCCCAAGUACUCGGCUUUUUGGCUACAAAAGUUCCUUCUCAAGUGA